AUGACCCCUCGUGAGCAGCUGAGGAAGAUGACGUCUUUGGGGGAGCAGGGUGCGCUGGAUGAGAAGCACUGGUACAGACUGGUCAACGGCAUGUCCGCGGGGGAGCUGCGGCAGAGACAGGAGCUCCUGAUGAGGAACCAGAUGUCCAUGGCCCCUCAGAUGCUGGCACAGGGACAGCAGAGGCUACAGGCGGUCCCAGCUCAGUUUGAACCACGAUUCAUGGAGAGAGAGCUGGUCCCUCCCUCAGAGAUGGUGGCUUCUGAGGCCAGACAGAUGCACAUGGGACCCCACCUUGGACCCCCUUUGCCACCUCACUCCAAUGUCCUGCCCGGGAGAGCUUUUCCAGGGGCCGCUGGUUACGGCUUCAUGCCCACUGAGCCCAUGGAAACAGUUGCUCGGCGACAGGAACUGAUUCACAAGCAAAAUAUUGCCAGAAUGGAAAUGAAUGCCAUACUGCAUCAGAAAGAGCUGGAGAACGCUCAUCAGAAGGGUCUCAUUGGCAUCGACAACCCCAUGGCCUACCCUCCAAAUGCCAUGGCCUAUAGGGGGCGCCAGCGAAUACCUGACGGCCAUGACGUCUUUGUGCACCGCCCUACUUUAGAUGAGCUCCAUUCAAACAGCAUACUUAUGUCUGCCAGCCCUUAUCCACCAAUCAGCACGCUGCACCGAGAAAGAGGGCGCAGAGCAGGAAGAAGACCCACUGUUCACAAGAACUCUGAGAAUCAGGUGGUUAAUAUUAAAGGUCCAGUUGAAGAUAAAAAUGUGGAGCAAAGUCCUGGUGCAAUUUCUGGAGAGGAGAAAGAAAUUGAAACGAAAGGAGAGCUAGAAGGAGACAAACCACAUCAUCAGGCCAAAAUAGACCCAGAGCUCACAACAGGAGGGAGGAAGAGUUACAAAGAUGGAGAGAAUGGGUUGAGGAAAGUGAAUAAUCAGGAUGGAUGUGGAGAUGGGACCAAUGGAGGUGCCAGUGAUAAAGACAUAACGAGUGGCACAUUUCAGGAGAAGUUCAUGUACCCCUCGGCUGCUGGGAUGCCCUAUAUGGUCCCUAUGAUGGGCAAUGGCUUUCUACCACCAGGGGCCUCUAACCUCUUCCUGAACGGGGACGAAGUGGCAGAAGACAUCAGGAAGUGGACGGUGAAUGAUGUGUAUAACUUCAUCAACAGUAUUCCCACAUGCUCCGAAUAUGCCCAGACGUUUAAGGAGCACAUGAUCGAUGGAGAGACCCUGCCUCUACUCUCAGAGGAACAUUUACUGGACACACUGGGGCUGAAGCUGGGCCCCGCGCUCAAGAUACGCUCACAGGUGUCCAGGCGAAUGGGCAGUCUGGUGUACCUAAUGAACAUGCCUCUGUCUGGAGCUGGGAUGCAGGGCCCCCCAGAGAAGCCGGGGGACCGCUCCUCAGAGAUGGGCUCUCCUGUGAACUGUAACAGCGAUGAGAUGGUAGCCAGUCCACGAGACCCGGACCUCCUCAAGUCCUCAGACCCACAUGAGACCGAAAACCACUCACCCCCCUCCGCCAGCAGCGAGACGGCAUGA